AAAGUGAAGAGGUUAUAGCUUUUACUACCAUCUCAGAAGCCUACCAGACAAAGUUCUUUGGACAAGGUUCAUCCCUUCUUGUUGUUCUGCUCUGGGAAUAGUCUGGCUAGUCACCUUUACAAGACUCUUGGGAGGAUUUGACAGAUUUGGUGGAGCAAAUGCGCGAUGAUACAGAAGAUCCUAAUUAUCUCAUGGCUAACGAACGCAUGAACCUGAUGAACAUGGCCAAGCUGAGUAUCAAGGGCUUGAUUGAAUCUGCUCUGAACCUAGGGAGAACUCUGGACUCUGACUACGCACCUCUCCAGCAGUUCUUUGUGGUGAUGGAGCACUGCCUGAAACAUGGCUUGAAAGCUAAGAAAACUUUUCUUGGACAAAAUAAAUCCUUCUGGGGGCCUCUAGAACUGGUGGAAAAGCUUGUUCCAGAAGCUGCAGAGAUAACAGCAAGUGUUAAAGACCUUCCAGGACUUAAGACACCAGUAGGCAGAGGAAGAGCCUGGCUUCGUUUGGCAUUGAUGCAAAAGAAACUUUCAGAGUAUAUGAAAGCUCUGAUCAAUAAGAAGGAACUUCUCAGUGAAUUCUAUGAACCCAAUGCCCUCAUGAUGGAAGAAGAGGGAGCCAUAAUUGCUGGUCUGUUGGUGGGUCUGAAUGUCAUUGAUGCCAAUUUCUGUAUGAAAGGAGAAGAUUUGGACUCUCAGGUUGGAGUUAUAGAUUUUUCAAUGUAUCUCAAGGAUGGGAACAGCAGUAAAGGUAGUGAAGGAGAUGGCCAGAUUACUGCAAUUCUGGAUCAGAAGAACUAUGUAGAAGAACUCAACAGACAUCUGAAUGCUACUGUAAACAACCUUCAGGCAAAAGUGGAUGCAUUAGAAAAAUCCAACACUAAACUGACAGAGGAGCUUGCAGUUGCAAACAACAGGAUUAUUACCCUGCAAGAAGAUAUGGAACGAGUUAAAGAGGAAAGCUCCUACAUAUUGGAAUCUAAUCGGAAGGGCCCUAAACCAGACAGAACUUCAGAAGGGCAAGCACUGAGUGAAGCAAGGAAGCACUUAAAGGAGGAGACACAACUACGACUGGAUGUUGAGAAAGAACUGGAGAUCCAGAUCAGCAUGAGACAGGAGAUGGAACUGGCUAUGAAGAUGCUGGAGAAGGAUGUCUGUGAGAAGCAGGAUGCCCUGGUGUCUCUGCGGCAGCAGCUGGAUGAUCUCAGGGCUCUUAAGCAUGAACUUGCCUUUAAGUUGCAGAGUUCAGACUUAGGAGUAAAACAGAAAAGUGAACUAAACAGUCGCUUGGAAGAGAAGACUAAUCAGAUGGCUGCUACCAUUAAACAACUUGAACAAAGAUUGCGCCAGGCUGAGCGAGGCCGCCAGUCUGCUGAAUUGGACAACCGGCUCUUCAAGCAGGACUUCGGAGACAAGAUCAACAGUCUGCAGCUGGAAGUGGAGGAACUCACCAGGCAGCGGAACCAGCUUGAGUUAGAACUAAAACAGGAAAGAGAAAGAAGGUUACAAAACAACAGGAGCAUCCCAGGAAAGGGUUCCCAGAAGCCAGAACCCCAAACGGAUGAGAAGCACAAAAUUCAAGAGGAAAAUGUUAAACUAAAAAAGCCCCUGGAAGAAAGCCACAGGCUGCAGUCUCACCCUGUGAAUGAACAGGAUCAGCCGCUGCCCUCCGAAAAGCCACAGACGUGUCAGCUGUGCCAGGAAGACUGCAGCCUAACAAAGAAUGUGUGUAAGAACUGCAGAGGAACCUUCUGUGAUGCCUGCUCAACAAACGAACUGCCUCUUCCUUCAAGUAUCAAGCCUGAGCGAGUUUGCAAUCCCUGUCACGAGCAUCUGAUGAAACAAUAUUCCAGCAGCCCAUUGUAAGACUGGAGGCUGAGAUCUGGACCAAAAUGUCUCUACCUGUGUUAGAUGUCAGGAUCCCCUAGAGCCCAGACUUUAGAAUCAACUCAAGAAUUGACAAGAAUGAUUUAAAUAAACCAGGUCCAGGGAGAAAAGGCAGUGGUUGGCAGUGCUGGAAUUUUGCUCAUUUUCUCUAAUGACUAUGAAUAAAAGUUACUCAGUUGAGCCUCUCUCUGCUAAAUCUAAACAACCCCACUUCGGAGGAUUUGGAAGGGCUGUUCAUUUUUAUGAACAGUGAUACUACUACUGGGGUGGAUGUUAUAGGAGAGAGGGUCCUUGGCGGAUAAGAAUAAAAAGGAAAACGAUCAUCCCUCUGUUACAUUUUCCGAUUCAAGAGGAAAAGAUAAUUGUUAACUGAGAUUGAAAUGACAGAUGUUACAUAUUUU